GACUAAUUGACACCGGUAUAUGCGCUCCGAGGAUCAAAUUGCGAUCAUGUUCUUUAGUACGAGUUGUGUGAGCUUACCAUCUUCUGACAAUUUCAAACUGCCAGUGGCGCGAUCAAAUUACCUGAAUGCUUUCUCCAUAAAAAGAUCGUACGAACAACGCAAUUUACUUUUUAACCGAAUGACAAAAUCGGCAUCCUAGACCGUCAUCAGAUCAUCAUUUUAUAUUGUUACAUUGUUGUCUACGCUUACAUAGUAUAUGUGGGAUGACGCCGGGUUAGAUUUUUAACUAACUGUUUGCCUGGUCGACUUAGUUUCCUUUAACGGCUUCAAAGUUGGUGCCGAUUUGCUGUCUUUGUCAGCUGAUUUGAUACUGGUUGAAUCCGUUGUCGUAGUUUUGGUAUCCUUUUCGUCGCCUACCGCGUUCACGAAGACUCGUACCCAGAGUACCAAGCGUACCCGUGGUUGCCGUAGCUAGGGAUUUCAUACCCACUGUAACUG